AUGGGGCAGGGUAGUUGACCGAGGUAAAAUUAGUUUCAUAUUCGGUGGAUAUUCUCUCCUCAAUUUGCUACUGAACCCACAGGAGGUUGGUGCCACCUUAAUUGGGGAGGACAGGCUCGUGGCUGGAGCGGAAUAAUAUGCCAUAUUUACACUAGAUGAUACUAAACAAGGUUGGAAUGUUGUUACAUAAAUUAAAAAGAAGUACAAUAAUGAAUUAGACAAGCAGUAAAACAAAUAGUUGGAAUCCCACUGUGGAUGUAUUAGACUGUAUAAUUGUAUUGGAGGCAUACAUAUAUGACCUAUACAGCCUUACCUCUAGUGGACACCCAUGAAACGGGGUAUCAGCCUACUCGGUUACAUCCACAGAUUAUCAUUCCAAAGAGUUUACACAUAUUUUUUAUUUUAUUUAUUUUAUUUCACCUUUAUUUAACCAGGUAAACCAGUUGAGAACAAGUUCUCAUUUACAACUGCGACCUGGCCAAGAUAAAGCAAAGCAAUGUUAGCAUCAUAGCGUUUACUGCAGGACUUUGAAACCAGUGUGAGCCACAUUAGCCCAGUCAGCCUGUUGUACCUAUUGAACAUUCAUAUUGGACGUUUACUAUUAUCUAGGCCAAAUAUGGCAUUAUUUCUCUAUUUAUGUGAAAAUGGUGGUCCUCUGUAGCUCAGCUGGUAGAGCACGGCGCUUGUAACGCCAAGGUAGUGGGUUCGAUCCCCGGGACCACCCAUACACAAAAAAAAUGUAUGCACGCAUGACUGUAAGUCGCUUUGGAUAAGAGCAUCUGCUAAAUGGCAUAUUAUUAUUAUGUCAGUUUGCAUCAGUUUCAAUGGGGGACUUUUAUUUUGAAGGUGAAUGGCAAAUUACACUUGUGGCUAAUCAUUAUUGUGGAUAGCUUCAUAGGUAACAAUCCACACCAAAAAAAAAGGUGUGGAUUUUUCUCCAUCCUCCACUGAUUCAGAAUAUACCAUUUUCAUAGUCAUGGCAUGCUUGGUUCAAUAGCGAUUGAUGAUAGAACCGAAUACCCAAUAUAAAACACUUUUGACCUUGUUGGCUAGCAAGCUACCUUUCAGGCUAGGUGGUCUUUGCUCCCGUUCCUCCAGUUGUAUUUGAAACGGCUUUACAAACAGCAGCUAGUUAAAUUACUAAUGUAGCCAGCUAGUUCUGUCAGAGCAGGACAGGUUCUUCUUUGGGAUUGGGUUGGCAUAUCGCAUACAACUUUUAAGGUGCAUAUACCGCCACCUACAUUUACAUUUACGUCAUUUAGCAGACGCUCUUAUCCAGAGCGACUUACACAUUGGUGCAUUCACCUUAUAGCCAGUGGGAUAACCACUUCACAAUAUGUUAUUUUAUUUUUUUCCUCUUUUUUUGGGGUGGGGUAAGGGGGGUAGAAGGAUUGCUUUAUCCUAUCCCAGGUAUUCCUUAAAUGGAGUGGGAGGCCAGUCACGGCCUCCCUACAUUAAAUUGCUAUAUACAGCCCUGUUGAACAAAAAGCUGUGGAACUGGUAUCCAGGUCCAGAUGUCAACUUGAGGGGUCUCCACUGGUCUGUGAGGUAUCCAGGUCCAGAUGUCAUCUUGAUUGGUCUCCACUGUGGUCUGUGAGGUAUCCAGGUCCAGAUGUCAUCUUGAGGGGUCUCCACUGGUCUGUGAGGUAUCCAGGUCCAGAUGUCAUCUUGAGGGGGCUACACUGGUCUGUGAGGUAUCCAGGUCCAGAUGUCAUCUUGAGGGGUCUCCACUGUGGUCUGUGAGGUAUCCAGGUCCAGGUGUCAUCUUGAGGGGUCUCCACUGGUCUGUGAGGUAUCCAGGUCCAGAUGUCAUCUUGAGGGGUCUCCACUGGUCUGUGAGGUAUCCAGGUCCAGAUGUCAUCUUGAGGGGUCUCCACUGGUCUGUGAGGUAUCCAGGUCCAGGUGUCAUCUUGAGGGGUCUACACUGUGGUUUCCGAGGCAACCAGGGGUGUAUUCAUUAGUACACACUGUAAUAAAACGUUUUGCAACAAAACUAGUCCAAAGCGUUUCUUAUUGAACAAAUUCAGUCCCUCCCGCUUUGUUCCGUUUGGUUCCUAGUGACUGUAACCCAGUUGACUGUAGUUGUGGUGUCUUUGUCCCCAGGUGUGAUAUAGUCUCUACCCGGUAACGGGAUGGAGGCCCAACCAGAGGAGACGGCCGUGGUACCGGAGGUUCUUCAGAGCUCAGCAGAGACACACGGAGAGGAACCGGAACCUAACAACGCUACCAGCACCGAGCACCGGGAGGACAGAUGCACAGCUGAGACAGAACCUCAGGGACUGACCUCCGUGACCCCAGACAGCCGCUUACCGGGAGAGUUAACGGGAGGAGCAGAGGAGAUGGAGGUUACGGAGAAUCUCAACUCUGUCUGGAGCUCCGAGCUGGGAGACGGACACACCCCCCUCCCCCAGGACCCCCCCCAGGACCUCCCCCAGGACGGGGAGGACCCCCCCCAGGACCUCCCCCAGGACCUCCCCCAGGACGGGGAGGACCCCCCCCAGGACCUCCCCCAGGACGGGGAGGACCCCCCCCCAGGACCUCCCCCAGGACCCCCCCCAGGACCCCCCCCAGGACGGGGAGGACCUCCCCCAGGACCUCCCCCAGGACGGGGUGUGUGCCAGGGACCAGCGGGACGGCAGCAGCACCUCCUCAGACAGUGACUCAGACUCCUCUUCCUCCUGUGUGACGCUGGCUGUUGUGUCAGGUCAGGCAGAUGAUGAGGAAGAUGAUGAUGAAGGCUUCAGUCGGGCAAGGAAACCCUGUUCCAUCAGAACACUGGGCGAGACCCUGCCUGAGGUACUCCUGACCUCUCUAACCCCAGCCCUCUACUCUGGGAAUUCAGAACUUCAUGUGAAUAAAAAUAAAAUUAGCACCGUAUUCACAUUGACAAAUUUGCUGAACUAUUUUGUGUGUGUGUGUAGGAGUUGCCUGCUGUAGAGGAGUUGACGGUGGUUCUACCAGAGGAGGCGGAGAUACUGCCCCUAGGAUCAGUCACCAGUAUCAUCCAACAGCUGGGUUAGUCCCUCCACACUACACCUAGGAUCAGUCACCAGUAUCAUCCAACAGCUGGGUUAGUCCCUCCACACUGCCCCUAGGAUCAGUCACCAGUAUCAUCCCAACAGCUGGGUUAGUCCCUCCACACUACACCUAGGAUCAGUCACCAGUAUCAUCCAACAGCUGGGUUAGUCCCUCCCACACUACACCUAGGAUCAGUCACCAGUAUCAUCCAACAGCUGGGUUAGUCCCUCCACCACUACACCUAGGAUCAGUCCCCAGUAUCAUCCAACAGCUGGGUUAGUCCCUCCACACUACAACCUAGGAUCAGUCACCAGUAUCAUCCAACAGCUGGGUUAGUCCCUCCACACUACACCUAGAUCAGUCACCGGUAUCAUCCAACAGCUGGGUUAGUCCCUCCACCUACACCCUAGGAUCAGUCACCAGUAUCAUCCAACAGCUGGGUGUUAGUCCCUCCACACUACACCUAGGAUCAGUCACCAGUAUCAUCCAACAGCUGGUUAGUCCCUCCACACUACAACCUAGGAUCAGUCACCAGUAUCAUACAAACCAGUGGGGUUAGUCCCUCCACACUACACUAGGAUCAGUCACCAGUAUCAUCCCAACAGCUGGGUUAGUCCCUCCACACUAACACCUAGGAUCAGUCACCAGUAUCAUCCAACAGCUGGUUUAGUCCCUCCACACUACACCUAGGAUCAGUCACAGUAUCAUCCAACAGAUGGGUUAGUCCCCUCCACACGACACCUAGAUAGUCACCAGUAUCAUCCAAACAGCUGGGUUAGUCCCCUCCCACACUACACCUAGGAUCAGUCAACCAGUAUCAUCCAACAGCUGGGUUUAGUCCCUCCCACACUACACCUAGGAUCAGUCACCAGUAUCAUCAACAGCCUGGGUUAGUCCCUCCACACUAACCCCUAGGAUCAGUCACCAGUAUCAUCCAACAGCUGGGUUAGUCCCUCCACACUACACCUAGGAUCAGUCACCAGUAUCAUCCAACAGCUGGGUUAGUCCCUCCACACUACACCUAGGAUCAGUCACCAGUAUCAUCCAAACAGCUGGUUAGUCCCUCCACACUACACCUAGGAUCAGUCACCGGUAUCAUCCAACAGCUGGGUUAGUCCCUCCACACUACACCUAGGAUCAGUCACCAGUAUCAUCCAACAGCUGGGUUAGUCCCUCCACACUACACCUAGGAUCAGUCACCAGUAUCAUCCCAACAGCUGGGUUAGUCCCUCCACACUACACCUAGGAUCAGUCACCAGUAUCAUCCAACAGCUGGGUUAGUCCCUCCACACUACACCUAGGAUCAGUCACCGGUAUCAUCCAACAGCUAGUCCCUCCACACUACACCUAGGAUCAGUCACCAGUAUCAUCCCUCCACACUACACCUAGGAUCAGUCACCAGUAUCAUCCCAACAGCUGGGUUAGUCCCUCCACACUACACCUAGGAUCAGUCACCAGUAUCAUCCAACAGCUGGGUUAGUCCCUCCACACUACACCUAGGAUCAGUCACCAGUAUCAUCCAACAGCUGGGUUAGUCCCUCCACACUACACCUAGGAUCAGUCACCAGUAUCAUCCAACAGCUGGGUUAGUCCCUCCACACUACACCUAGGAUCAGUGACCAGUAUCAUCCAACAGCUGGGUUAGUCCCUCCACACUACACCUAGGAUCAGUCACCAGUAUCAUCCAACAGCUGGGUUAGUCCCUCCACACUACACCUAGAUCAGUCACCAGUAUCAUCCAACAGCUGGGUUAGUCCCUCCACACUACACCUAGGAUCAUCACCAGUAUCAUCCAACAGCUGGGUUAGUCCCUCCCACACUACACCUAGGAUCAGUCACCAGUAUCAUCCAACAGCUGGGUUAGUCCCUCCCACACUACACCCUAGGAUCAGUCACCAGUAUCAUCCAAAAAGCUGGGUUAGUCCCUCCACACUACACCUAGGAUCAGUCACCAGUAUCAUCCCAACAGCUGGGUUAGUCCCCACACUACACCUAGGAUCAGUCACCAGUAUCAUCCAACAGCUGGGUUAGUCCCUCCACACUACACCUAGGAUCAGUCACCAGUAUCAUCCCAACAGCUGGGUUAGUCCCUCCACACUACACCUAGGAUCAGUCACCAGUAUCAUCCAACAGCUGGGUUAGUCCCUCCACACUGCCCCUAGGAUCAGUCAACAGUAUCAUCCAACAGCUGGGUUAGUCCCUCCACACUACACCUAGGAUCAGUCACCAAGUAUCAUCCAACAGCUGGGUUAGUCCUCCACACUACACCUAGGAUCAGUCACCAGUAUCAUCCAACAGCUGGGUUAGUCCCUCCACACUACACCUAGGAUCAGUCACCAGUAUCAUCCAACAGCUGGGUUAGUCCCUCCACACUCACCUAGGAUCAGUCACCAGUAUCAUCCAAACGCUGGGUUAGUCCCUCCACACUACACUAGGAUCAGUCACCAGUAUCAUCCAACAGCUGGGUUAGUCCCUCCACACUACACCUAGGAUCAGUCACCAGUAUCAUCCCAACAGCUGGGUUAGUCCCUCCACACUACACCUAGGAUCAGUCACCAGUAUCAUCCAACAGCUGGGUUAGUCCCUCACACUACACCUAGGAUCAGUCACCAGUAUCAUCCAACAGCUGGGUUAGUCCCUCCACUACACUAGGAUCAGUCACCGUAUCAUCCACAGCUGGGUUAGUCCCUCCACACUACACCUAGGUUCAGUCACCAGUAUCAUCCCAACAGCUGGGUUAGUCCCUCCACACUACAACUAGGAUCAGUCACCAGUAUCAUCCAACAGCUGGGUUAGUCCCUCCACACUACACCUAGGAUCAGUCACCAGUAUCAUCCAACAGCUGGGUUAGUCCCUCCACACUACACCUAGGAUCAGUCACCAGUAUCAUCCAACAGCUGGGUUAGUCCCUCCACACUUACACCUAGGAUCAGUCACCAGUAUCAUCCCAACAGCUGGGUUAGUCCCUCCACACUACACCUAGGAUCAGUCACCAGUAUCAUCCCUCCACACUGCACCUAGGAUCAGUCACCAGUAUCAUCCAACAGCUGGGUUAGUCCCUCCACACUACACCUAGGAUCAGUCACCAGUAUCAUCCCUCCACACUGCCCCUAGGAUCAGUCACCAGUAUCAUCCCAACAGCUGGGUUAGUCCCCUCCACACUACACCUAGGAUCAGUACCAGUAUCAUCCAACAGCUGGGUUAGUCCCCUCCACACUACACCUAGGAUCAGUCACCAGUAUCAUCCCUCCACACUACACCUAGGAUCAGUCACCAGUAUCAUCCCUCCACACUACACCUAGGAUCAGUCACCAGUAUCAUCCCAACAGCUGGGUUAGUCCCUCCACACUACACUAAGGGAUCAGUCACCAGUAUCAUCCAACCAAUGGGUAGUCCUCCAGCACUACACCUAGGAUCAGUCACCUGUAUCAUCCAACAGCUGGGUUAGUCCCUCCACACUACACCUAGGAUCAGUCACCAGUAUCAUCCCAACAGCUGGGUUAGUCCCUCCACACUACACCUAGGAUCAGUCACCAGUAUCAUCCAACAGCUGGGUUAGUCCCUCCACACUACACCUAGGAUCAGUCACCAGUAUCAUCCAACAGCUGGGUUAGUCCCUCCACACUACACCUAGGAUCAGUCACCAGUAUCAUCCCAACAGCUGGGUUAGUCCCUCCACACUACACCUAGGAUCAGUCACCAGUAUCAUCCCAAACAGCUGGGUUAGUCCCUCCACACUACACCUAGGAUCAGUCACCGGUAUCAUCCAACACUACACCUCCACAUCGGGAUUUCAAUAUUCAACGGAGGGCCGCACAUCUUUUUUUGGGGACCGAUUUGUUUGUCAAAAUCAAUUUGUGGGCCAGAAAAGGUGGGAGUUAUUUGUUACAUAUUGCAGCUUUAGUGCAAUACUUUUAAAUUAUAUUAUGUGAGCUAAAUAUAUAUUUAUAUAAAAACAGUUUCCUUUUUUUAUAAUUCUAAAUUUACUGUCCCCACUACAACAACAAAGUAAUUAAAUACAUGUGAUCUUGUCCUUGAAACAUUUAAUUGAAAAACUGUAGAAUUCCAUUCAUUCCUAUGGAGACCUGCUCCUACUGGGGAGGGCCAAUAUGGAUACCUGCUCCUACUGGGGAGGGCCAAUAUGGAUACCUGCUCCUACUGGGGAGGGCCAAUAUGGAUACCUGCUCCUACUGGGGAGGGCCAAGAUGGAUACCUGCUCCUACUGGGGAGGGCCAAGAUGGAUACCUGCUCCUACUGGGGAGGGCCAAGAUGGAUACCUGCUCCUACUGGGGAGGGCCAAUAUGGAUACCUGCUCCUACUGGGGAGGGCCAAUAUGGAUACCUGCUCCUACUGGGGAGGGCCAAUAUGGAUACCUGCUCCUACUGGGGAGGGCCAAUAUGGAUAUCUGCUCCUACUGGGGAGGGCCAAUAUGGAUACCUGCUCCUACUGGGGAGGGCCAAUAUGGAUACCUGCUCCUACUGGGAGGGCCAAUAUGGAUACCUGCUCCUACUGGGGAGGGCCAAUAUGGAUACCUGCUCCUACUGAGGAGGGCCAAUAUGGAUACCUGCUCCUACUGGGGAGGGCCAAUAUGGAUACCUGCUCCUACUGGGGAGGGCCAAUAUGGAUACCUGCUCCUACUGGGGAGGGCCAAUAUGGAUACCUGCUCCUACUGGGGAGGGCCAAUAUGGAUACCUGCUCCUACUGGGGAGGGCCAAUAUGGAUACCUGCUCCUACUGGGGAGGGCCAAUAUGGAUACCUGCUCCUACUGGGGAGGGCCAAUAUGGAUACCUGCUCCUACUGGGGAGGGCCAAUAUGGAUACCUGCUCCUACUGGGGAGGGCCAAUAUGGAUACCUGCUCCUACUGGGGAGGGCCAAUAUGGAUACCUGCUCCUACUGGGGAGGGCCAAUAUGGAUACCUGCUCCUACUGGGGAGGGCCAAUAUGGAUACCUGCUCCUACUGGGGAGGGCCAAUAUGGAUACCUGCUCCUACUGGGGAGGGCCCAAUAUGGAUACCUGCUCCUACUGGGGAGGGCCAAUAUGGAUACCUGCUCCUACUGGGGAGGGCCAAUAUGGAUACCUGCUCCUACUGGGGGAGGGCCCAUAUGGAUACCUGCUCCUACUGGGGAGGGCCAAUAUGGAUACCUGCUCCUACUGGGGAGGGCCAAUAUGGAUACCUGCUCCUACUGGGGAGGGCCAAUAUGGAUACCUGCUCCUACUGGGGAGGGCCAAUAUGGAUACCUGCUCCUACUGGGGAGGGCCAAUAUGGAUACCUGCUCCUACUGGGGAGGGCCAAUAUGGCCGACCGGUGGCAUCAAAGCCUCUCAUUGGCCAAUACAUAGAAUCAGCAAUCCAGGGUUGAAAUACAUCAUUGGCUGGAUCCGGCCCACGAGCCGUAGUUGACCCACCCCACCUUACACACUACACCAGUGGUAUUGAAAGUAUGGAUCGCAACCCCUAAUGGGGGGGGAAACAAAACAUUAACAGUUGGUUUUCUGGAUUUUGAUCAAAGAGAUGAAAAUGUAAUGAAUUUAAGGUUAUUUGUUGUAGGAAAAAUCUAAAUUGACCGAUUUUUAAGGUUGUGUUAUUGGAAUGGGGUCCCACAGGGCGGGUUUGGCCGGGGUAGGCCGUCAUUGGAAAUAAGAAUUUGUUCUUAACUGACUUGCCUCGUUAAAUAAAGGUAAAACGGGCAGAAAAUGGACCCCCCUGAAGCCAUACACACUACACCCUAACCCCUCUUGGUGACUGUUUCCUCUACAGUGAUCAUACAGUCAUUGAAGGACACGCCCCCUCUGAAGGACGACAGCGUCAUCUUCAACUCUGAUAGGCUUGGCCUGUUGCGCCAAGGUUAGGAGUGACUUAGAGGACUGGGGGAGGAGUCCUCACGAAUACUGGAGCUUUAUGGAGGUUUUUCCUCUCUUGUAUGCUAUCCUUUUGGUAAUCUUCCUCUCGCUCUUUCUUGUCGUAUUCUGGUUCUAUAGAGUAGGCAGUCUAAGGCUGGAUCGGUGAGUAUAUGGAGGUCGUCUACCUUCGAGUCGAGAGCUCGUAGUGAGAGAGGUUCGCUCUCUUCUUGUACUGAUCGAUCUGCUCCAUUUCGUCCGCUCUCCUUGCUCGUCUCGAUACAUACGAUGCGCGGGAUCUCUUCUCCUAUUCGUGCUGGUCUCGCAUGUAUCCUGAGGAGAUUUAUCGUAAUACGAGCAGUCGCUCUUAUCGAGUCUCUGCUCCUCUGGGCUCAGUCUCCUCUUACUUAUCCUCCGUCUCUACUCACGCGCUAUUGAGUGUGGAACGCUCCACGUCUCGAUUGUGCGUUAAUCAGUGCUGUCAUCGAGCUGAGUCGCUGAGGUUUUCUGAGUUGGAGGCAUCGGUCUCUCAGCCACGUCCUGGGGCGUUCUACUCAGGUCUAAGAAGAUACUAGCUCUCUCUCCUCUCAUCUCUUGACGGGCCCGCUCAGUCUCCUUCUACUGAUUUACUCAGGUGACAUCCAAACGUGCAGCUAGAUUCCGUUCUACGCCCCGUCUCUCACUGACUACACCCUGUACAUCCUCACUGACAGCUACUGACGGUCAGUCACACACUGACUACACCCUGUACAUCCUCACUGACCAGCUACUACAGUCAGUCACACACUGACUACACCCUGUACAUCCUCACUGACCAGCUACUACAGUCAGUCACACACUGACUACACCCUGUACAUCCUCACUGACCAGCUACUACAGUCAUUGAAGGACACGCCCCUCGGAAGGACGGGGAAAGAGUCAUCUUCAACUCGGAUAGGCUGGCAGAGUGGGCAAGUAGGAGGGGCGUAGAAGACGGGGGAAGGAGUCCUCAGAAUUAA